UCUGUUAUCCAAUAUAAGACAUAAAAGCUCAGAUUAAAUAUAAAUAUCAAGUAGUAGAAGGUAUAUUAGCAAGUAUACUAUAAAUGGAUUAUUAUUUGUCAAACAAUGUAAAAACAAACACCACUGACUCUUGAACUAUGCAGGGUUAAUGAGAGUAUAAAGUAAAAACAAGAUAGUGUUAAUCUAUCUUAUAACUAAUAUAUGUUUUAGUAUAAAUUUAAAGUCAUAUUUAAAAUCCCAUGAAUUUAGAGAAUAUUUAUCUUGACUACUUGUUUUUGUUUAGUUUUUGAUAAAUGGAUGUUAAACAGUUGAAAUUCAUCUGCAUCCUGAAGUUAACAUCUUUUAAAAUUACUUCUCCGUUAAAAAAAAUCAGCAGAAAUAUUACUAGGGUUACUAUAAUGAAAGAUAAAGAUACCAGGAGGAGUAAAGGGGUUGCAUUUAUUUUAUUUUUGGAUAAAGACUCUGCACAAAACUGUACCAGGGCAAUAAACAACAAACAGUUAUUUGGUAGAGUGAUAAAAGCAAGCAUUGCUAUUGACAAUGGAAGAGCAGCUGAGUUCAUCCGAAGACGAAACUACUUUGAUAAAUCUAAGUGUUAUGAAUGUGGAGAAAGCGGACACUUAAGUUAUGCCUGUCCUAAAAAUAUGCUUGGAGAACGUGAACCUCCAAAGAAGAAAGAGAAAAAGAAAAAAAAGAAAACUCCUGAACCAGAAGAAGAAAUUGAAGAAGUAGAAGAAAGUGAAGAUGAAGGGGAAGAUCCUGCUCUUGACAGCCUCAGUCAGGCUAUAGCUUUCCAGCAAGCCAAAAUUGAAGAAGAACAAAAAAAAUGGAAACCCAGUUCAGGAGGUCCUUCAACAUCAGAUGAUUCAAGACGCCCAAGGAUAAAGAAAAGCACAUACUUCAGUGAUGAGGAGGAACUUAGUGAUUAAAAAUAUAUAUAUUAUGUAAAUAUCAUUAAAAAACUUUUUUUAAGUCUUGGCGUACCAAGUUCCCUUGGGAUUAAAAAUUACUUUUAGAGUUUGAACAUAAGAACACUUAGUACCAAAUACUUUUUUACUUUAGAUAGUUGAUAGGAAAUGGUAAUUUUAUAGUAUCAUGUUUAUCUUGCAUCAAGAUUUGCUAAUAAUCAUUAAUCUUUAAAAUAGUUCAUUUGAAUAAAAAAGAAAAUGUAAUACUAUCAUAACAAUGCUAUCCCAAGAAGAAAGUGAAAGUCGCUCAGUCGUGUCUGACUCUUUGUGAACCCGUGGACUAUACAGCUCAUGGAAUUCUCCAGGCCAGAAAUACUGGAGUGGGUAGCUUUUCCCUUCUCCAAGGGAUCUUCCCAACCCAGGGAUCGAACCCAGGUCUCCCGCAUUGCAGGCGUAUUCUUUACCAGCUAAGCCAGAAAGGUAGAUAGUAAAAAGAUUUGAGAAGUUCAUUAUAAAAGUUUAUUCAUGAUUGGUUUAUAUAAGAACUUUUGAAAUUUCAUCUUUAAAACAAAAACUUCAUAAAGACUGUGGAAAGUUUGGAGUGAUUUAUUGUUAUUCAUGUUAAUAAAGUUUUCUCAAGAGACCUUA